UUCUCUUUUUCUCUUGUCCACCAAACGAAAUCCUUUAUUGGCCUCCGUCUCCUCACCAGCUCCGCAGAGACCUCUACCAUGGCUCCUCCGGCCACUGCCUCGUUGGUUUUCGGCAUUCUUUGCCCACCGGGACAAAAUGACUUGAAAGUUAAGGGGUUGCGGUUUAUCAAUCCAUAUGCAGAGAGAAGUAACACAAUGGGUUUGCCAUUCAAUAGUCACCGAAGAUCUUCUUCUUUGAAUCUGAAAGGAUAUCAUGGCUUUAGGGCUGUGUUAAGAGCUGGGAAUGACAAUGAUGUGUCUUUUCCUAGUGAUGGUUCAUCUGUGGGGCAUAGUACAAAUGAUGAGCUGGAACGGUUAACUACCAAUGCCUCACUUCAAACAGAAUCUGUGGUGCUUGGAACAAUUGCUGCAGAUAUGGCACCCGCAAGUGAUGGAUUUUUUCCUGAUGAUGAUGAACGUGAUUUGGAUCUGCCAACGGCAGGUUUCUCUUCCAUACAAGAGGCCAUUGAAGACAUCCGGCAAGGCAAGUUUGUGAUUGUUGUAGAUGAUGAAGACAGAGAAAAUGAGGGAGAUCUUAUUAUGGCUGCGUCUUUGGUCACACCGGAUGCUAUGGCUUUCAUUGUCAGAUAUGGGACUGGAAUUGUUUGUGUGAGCAUGAAAGAAGAAGACCUUGAUAGGUUACAACUUCCUUUGAUGGUCACACAUAAAGAAAAUGAGGAGAAAUUGCGCACUGCAUUCACAAUCUCAGUGGACGCUAAAGAGGGCACGACUACCGGAGUAUCCGCUAAAGAUAGGGCAAAGACAGUUUUGGCACUGGCAUCUCCCGACUCAAAACCUGAGGACUUCAACCGGCCUGGUCAUAUCUUUCCAUUGAAGUACAGAGUAGGUGGAGUCUUGAAAAGAGCAGGGCAUACAGAAGCCUCCGUUGACCUUGCCAUCCUCUCCGGAUUACCUCCUGUGGCAAUCCUCUGUGAAAUAGUGGAUGAUGAUGAUGGGUCCAUGGCUCGUUUACCUAAGCUCCGUGAAUUCGCAAAAAAGGAGAAUUUGAAAAUCGUUUCAAUAGCAGACUUAAUUAGAUAUAGGAGAAAGAGAGACAAGUUGGUAGAGCGCGCCUCAGUUGCAAAUUUACCCUUAAAGUUUGGUGAUUUUCAGGCAUAUUGCUACCGGUCAUUGCUUGAUGGAAUGGAACAUAUUGCCAUGGUUAAAGGGGAUAUUGCGGACGGGCAAGAUAUCCUAGUUAGAGUGCAUUCUGAGUGUCUCACAGGAGACAUAUUUGGUUCAGCAAGGUGUGAUUGUGGUAAUCAAUUAUCAUUAGCCAUGGAACAAAUUGUAAAAGCCGGCAGGGGAGUGUUAGUAUACCUCCGUGGACAUGAGGGAAGAGGUAUUGGCUUGGGUCACAAGCUCCGUGCUUACAAUUUACAAGAUAAGGGGCGUGAUACUGUUGAGGCAAAUGAAGAACUAGGACUUCCCGUGGAUUCACGGGAGUAUGGAAUUGGAGCCCAGAUACUUCAAGAUCUUGGUGUUCGAACGAUGAAGUUGAUGACUAACAACCCGGCAAAGUAUAUCGGGCUUAAAGGUUAUGGUCUCAGUGUUGUCGGAAGGGUUCCCUUAUUGACCCCAAUAACAAAGGAGAACAAGAGAUACCUGGAGACUAAGAGACUGAAGAUGGGGCACAUCUAUAAUUCUGAAUUCAAUGGACGGUUGACUAGUCCGGCCGAAAAAACCAGCUCCGAUGACCCUAACCAAGCCUCAUGAAUGUCACUUAAUCCUGUUUUACCAUAAAAGAAAAUAAUCGACGAUCCUUGAGACU